UUUUUACGGCUCCUCUUCUUGAUCCCAGUUUAUUCCAUUCCCUGUCUCCUUUUGUGGUGCUUGUUCUUGAAUGACUUAGCCGGCUGUAGGGUUCUCGGUGUUCGAAACUUGUUCAGGGACAAAGGAGCAAGAGAUGGGAGGAGGACAUGCAGACGAUGGCCACAGUACGAUCCACAAAGGCUUAACCUUGCAUCGCCCUAAGCGAUGGCACACCGUCACCGGAAAGGGCUUGUGCGCCAUCAUGUGGUUUUGGGUAUUCUACAGAGCUAAGCAAGAUGGUCCCGUAGUCUUGGGUUGGCGGCAUCCUUGGGAGGGGCAUGACUCCCAUGGUCAUGGGCAUGAUCAUUAGGCUUUUCAUUGAAGAACUAAGAGAGGAAUGCAAAAGCUUCUCGUGGAUGGUUUUUGUUUCCAUCUCUAUGAUGAAUAUGUGGUAGAUCUGAAUAAAGUCAAUUCAUGAACUGAAACCGUCUACCGUGUUUUGUGGAUUCAUGUUCAAUUACAUGAAUGUCUAGCAAGGGUGUGAUGUAUACAAUUUGGUUCAACAAAACUGAAUUCAAGAUACUGCUGAUAUUGUUAUUCUCUGAAAUCUUUGUUUCCAUUACCGUGACAAAAAACCCAUUCCUGCUA